AUGUGCCCCCAAGCGUGGACACAUUUUACCCAUGCAGUACACCAAAACACACAUCACGAACUCAGUAACUCAAAAAUACACACAUCAGAAACUCGGAAACUUGAUGCAUAUCACCCAGGCAGUACCUCACAACAAGACAUAUAUGACCCACGCAGAAACCCAAAACAGGACACACAUCACCCACGUAGUAACUCAAAACAGGACACAUGUCACCCACGCAGUAACUCAAAAUUUGACAUAAAUCACCCACGCAGAAACCCAAAACAGGACACAUAUCACCCACGUAGAAACUCAAAAUUGGACACAUGUCACCCACGCAGUAACUCAAAAUCUGAUAUAAAUCACCCACGCAGAAACUCAAAACAGGACACAUGUCACCCACGCAGUAACUCAAAAUCUGAUAUAAAUCACCCAUGCAGAAACUCAAAACAGGACACAUUUCACCCAUGCAGUAACUCAAAACAGGACAUAUAUAUCACCCAUGCAGUAACUCAAAACAGGACACAUAUCACCCUCGCAGUAACUCAAAACAGGACACAUAUCACCCAGGCAGUAACUCACAACAAGACACAUAUCACACACGCAGAAACUCAAAACAGGAGACAUAUUACCCACGCAGAAACUCACAACAUGACACAUAUCACCCUCGCAUUCUGUCUGCCAGUGUCUAUCAAUCUAUGUCUAUAUCGUCUCAAUGACUGA